UUCCUUGCUAACUACGCUGGGAGUGUUCCUCAGUUCUCUCAAAAUGUGCUGCCUCCAUUAUCGCCAUUUAAGCGGAGAUGUUGCCAACUGGUUAGACCGUGCCAAGGAAAACAACGGGGGUUGUUACAGUGAGACCAGUGUGGAAAAUGUCAAGAUCCUAGUCAAACUUUUCCCUCUCUUUGGACUUCAGCUUUUAUAUCGAGCUUGCAUUACCCAGAUCCCAUCAGGCUAUUAUCUGCAGACGAUGCAUUCCAACUUAAAGCGCAAUGGCUUUCUCCUGCCUGUAGCAGUGAUGAAGGUCAUCAGUAUACUGCCGGUGUUGAUCUUAGCACCACUGCUGGAGCUUCUCAACACCUGCUACCAGUCUCCAAAGAAAAUACUGCCCUCACCAGCCACAUUUAUAACUAUGGGUCAUGCUUGUGCAGCUCUCUCAGCACUACUGGCAGGGAUCUCCGAAAUCCACAGGAAGGAUUAUCCACAAGUGGAGCAGACAUUAUCAGGAAAGGUCCUGCAUGUGUUCUCUAUGACCUGUUUCCAGCUUACGCCCCAGUACAUUUUACUGGAAGUGGCGGAGGCCUUUGUGACACCAGCGUGCUCUCUCAUAUCCUUUUGUCUGACUCCCAGCAAACUUAGAGGCGUCUCCUUGCACUUCCUAAUGCUGGCGUUACACAAGAGACUUUGA